AGAAUAAUCAACAGCGUCGGACCAGGCCAAUCAUGUCGUCUCCAGUCGAUUGCGUUCUCCAGUUGCUCCUCGGCAGUCUUUGUGCCGAUGUCGCCCUGAGGGCGCGACUUUGGUCGUCUUGUAGCCACCUUCACGCCUUCCCUCCGUGAAGCCUGCGGAAGAACCUAACUUCUUUCCCUCUACUUACAAGCUGCCUAGAUUGGUUCUCAGGAAGCCAAUUCAUCGGGCGCGUCUUGACCUCAAGAUGCAUUUCCAGCAGACCGAAUCUGCCGGCCCUGGCGCCGAAGCCCACAAGGACCAGCCCAAGACCUUCACCCAGAAGUCUUCAAGCCUGCCUUUUGGGCAAGACCUCUCCCUCGACUCGAUCAGUGGCCCCACCUACCUGACCGCCCAGGCUCUGGUCCAGCAGGUUGCCUACACGCUCUCCGACAAGAUAUUCGCAUACUCGGCGGAGGGUUUUGACUUGGAUGUGGCGAUCAAGUCAUGGCAAGAGAAUGGUGACAAGAACGCGUUCGGCUACCAGACGGGCGUGCAAUCACUUGAGACGAGGAAUGGCGCUGGCUCCAUUGCUCUCGGAUACAUGUUCUCCAAGGACUUCGACCUGAAGAAGCGCCAUAUUCCCCAGUCUAUUGUCGCCUCGUCCGCGACACUGCACUACCUCCGCCCUGCGCUCGACCAGCUAGCGCUCCUCUACUCGGUCGCGAACCCGCUUACUGCCCAUGUUGCCGCUGUCGACUACACCGCCAACUCCGCUGCUGGGCUCGUCAGCGACUAUGUCACUUCCUUGACCAUUGCGGAGGACUUAGGUCUCGGCCUUGUGUGCAGCCCCUCUGUCUUUGAGACUCAGCACAUGGCGCUUUUCGCCACCCUUCUGUCAAGCAUCAUUCCUACCAUCCAUACCUACGAUGGCAUCAGUGUUGGACGCGAGACCGCACGAUUGGUAGACACUCUAGACCAAAGCAGACUCAACAACAGCUACCAGGCUGUCCUCAAGGCUGUUUCAGAGGUGGACAAGAAGCACUCGGACAACGCCGGACGUGUCGUGCGUCUCCUGCAAGCUUUCAACGAUGAGCUUGGCGAGGACUACCGCCUAUUCGACUACUACGGUCACGAGGAACCGGAAAGCGUGCUGGUCGUUUUCGGUACCGUGGAGGCUUCCCUGACUGCACAGGUUGCAAACGCACUCGCCAAGGACGGCGAUAAGCUGGGUGUGAUCAACGUCCGCGUGUACCGCCCAUUCGUUGAGGAGGCCUUCCUUGAAGUGCUUCCCAAGAGUACCAGGAACGUCGCAGUGCUCGGUCAAGUCAAGGACGAGGCUGCCGUUUUCGAUCCCGCUGAGAGCUCUCGUCUCUACUCUGAUGUCUUUGCGACCAUUCAAUUUGCCUUCGACCGUAAUGUGGAAGUAACCGACAUCAAGUACUCGCGCGAGCAGGUCUGGACUCCCAGCAACAUUCUGGACGUGUUCCAGCAGACAUACGGCGAGAAAACCCAGUCGGAGGAGGUUCGCUCUUACGUCGAUAUUCUCAAUACCGCGGACGUCAAGCAAUACACUUUCUGGGAUUUGGACGAAUCUCCGGCCGCGGAUGCUCCCGUCGUGCUCGGGAAACUCUUCUCUUCCGAUUCCGCUAAGAACGUCUUUGUGCGCGCUGGUCACGACAACCUUGUCCGUGGCGGCACUGUCCGCACGGACAUCCGCAAUGCUGACUACACCAUCGAGGCCCCCUACUCCGUGGAGCAGGCAGACGUUACCUUCGUUGGUAAUGAAUCUCUUCUGAAGGAGUUCGACAUCCUGAACAGCGUCAAGGCCGACAGCUCCAUGAUCAUCAAGCUGCCUGGCGUCAAGGAUGAAGACAUCGAGAAGAAGCUUUCCCCCGCUCUGCGCAAGGCUAUUGUGGGUAAGGACGUCGAGCUCUUCAUUCUCGACCCGACUCUGUCCGAGAGCGUGUCUCAGGAUCCUUCUUUGGAAGUGUACCUUACCCAGCUGGCUUUCUUGAAGGUUGCGCGCGAAGAUAUCCUCACCUCUGGCCUCUCCAAAUUGGCCGCUAUCAACGGCAACCAGGAGACACUGGAGAAGCUGGUGAGCGAACUUGAAACCGCACUUCGCGAGAUCGAGUGCCCCGUUUCUUGGUCCACUCCUGAGGAAGAAGUGGAGCCGAUUCAGCUUCCUUCCGACAUCAACGUCAACAGCUUCUCUGCCUUUGACCGCAUCGAGACCGAUCCACCGACAUACCUCCGCGAUUGGAAGGUCGCGGCCAAGGGGUUCGCUUUCAAGGAAGCCUUUGGAGUCGAGACCGCGCUUCGUCCUGAUUUGGGUGUCAAGACCCACGUCGUCACUGUCAAGGAGCGCCGCCGUCUUACGCCCAUCACUUAUGAUCGUAAUAUCUUCCACAUUGAGUUCGAUCUGGGGACCUCUGGUCUUACGUACGCGAUCGGCGAGGCGCUCGGCAUCCACGCAGAAAACGACAAGGUUGAGGUUGAGAACUUCAUCAAGUGGUACGGCCUCAACCCAGAAGAGAUCGUCGAAGUCCCGUCUCGCGACGACCCAGAUGUCCUGGUCAACCGCACUGUGUACCAGUCUCUUCUUCAGAACGUUGACAUCUUCGGCCGCCCGCCCAAGCGCUUCUAUGAAGCACUUGCAGAGUUCGCUGAUGACGCCGACGAGAAGAGGAAGCUUCUCGCCGUCAUCAGCCCUGAAGGUGCCACUGAGUUCAAGCGUCGCGCCGAAGUGGACACGAUCACCUAUGCAGACAUCCUGCUCGAAUUCAAGUCAGCGCAUCCUUCAUUCCACGACAUUGUUCGCAUUGUCAGCCCGAUGAAGCGCCGCGAGUACUCCAUCGCCUCCUCCCAGCACGUCACUCCCAACUCGGUCUCCCUCCUCAUCGUUACCGUCAACUGGGUCGACCCUCAGGGCCGCGACCGCUUCGGUCAGGCCACGCGCUUCCUCAAUGGCCUCAAAUCCGGCACCCCCGUCACCGUCUCCGUCAAGCCCUCCGUCAUGAAGCUCCCCGCCAAGACCACCGCGCCCCUCAUCAUGGCGGGUCUCGGAACCGGUCUUGCGCCCUUCCGCGCCUUCGUCCAGGAGCGCGCCUACCAAAAACAGCAGGGCCACGAGAUCGGCGAGGUCCUCCUGUACAUGGGGUCCCGCCACCAGCGCGAGGAGUACCUCUACGGCGAGGAGUGGGAGGCGUACCAGGCCGCGGGCAUCAUCACGCUACUCGGCCGCGCGUUCUCGCGUGACCAGCCUGAGAAGAUUUACAUCCAGGACCGCAUGCGGCAGAGCCUCGGCGACAUCAGGCGCUCGUACCUCCAGAACGAGGGUAGCUUCUACCUCUGCGGUCCGACGUGGCCUGUGCCAGAUGUCACGGAGGUGCUGCAGGAGGCGGUAGAGGUGGAGCAUCGUGCGAAGAGCGUGAGGAAUGGGGAGGAGAAGCCGAAGAAGGUGGAUAGCAGAAGGGAGAUUGAGACGCUCAAGGACGAAGGGCGGUAUGUGCUUGAGGUUUACUAGGUGUUUGGUAACUAGCGUGGUGUUGGGGUAUAGACUAAUGAAUUUUUGAUCUUUCAUCUUACUCUCUGUAUCGUGCUCCGGUUCAUUAUUCAGUAAGAGUGCCUAUACU